UCGUCGCACAGGGGUUUUUAUUUUCUUCGCGGGCUGCCUACUCGUCCGCUUUUCUUGUCUCGGCCCAACAUUUCGGCCCAGAGGGCGUAUCGUUGCACAGGAGUUCUUCUCUUUCUUCUCUCUUUUCCCUUCUCUUUCAUUCUCCAGCUGCAUUUCCUUCCUCUCACUCUCCCGAGUGUUCUUCUCAGGGUUCCUUCCGGCCGCGCCCUCGUCGGAGUCCUCCCUUCUCUAGGGGAUUCCGUCGAGUUUCGCUUCCUCCCGGUAUCCUUUGUCUUUCGAUUAUCUAGGGUUUCCGCUUUCUUCUGUAGAGUUCAUCUUCUUUCCCCCUUUAUUUCUUAGUUCUCUGGUGGUCGUUUUCUUAUGUAGGAUUCGUCUUCGACUCCUAGUUACAGACUUACCAUGUGCUUGCGCUGGAAGCAGAACGAGGGCGGCUCAGCGGCGGUGAGAUGGACGGGGGCGGAGAGGACAGGAAGCAGCAGCCUCACCUGGUGCUGGCGCACAAGCUGUUCCUGCUGUCACACCCCGAUGUCGACAACCUCGCCAAAGAUCGACCUCCACGCCGACGUUCUCACGGUAGUCAAAUCCGGCGAUAACAUGGCGGCGCUAUACGAGUCGUUGGCGGCCGACGGCGUGCUGGAGAUGGACGCGGCGCUGCUGGCCAAGAUGUGUGCCAGGAUUGACGAGAUCCGGAAGUUCAACGAGAAAAACUGUAUACCUGUUCUUGUGUUUGUUUAUGAUUUGUUUGAUUCGAUUUUGUUCAUUUGGUGCUCUUUCUGUAUGUUAUGAUUACCCCGUUAUCAAGUUUUUCUCCUAGUCAUCUGUAUUUGUUGUUUCUUAAUUAAUGAUUUGCAUUUUCCAUACUAACAAAUUGUUCCACACUAACAAUUUCUCUCUUUUUUUUUCUUUUUCUUUUUUUCCCUCCCAAAAAGUUCUGGUGGAAUUCUUUUUUUCCAUUUGUUUUAAAGGAAUAAUUUUGUUCCAAUAGAAUAUUUUUCCGUUCCACUGAUAAGAUUUGAUCCAACUGAAUAAAUUUUAGUUUUUGUUCUGACGGAACAUUUUUUUAUUCUACUAGAACAAUUUGUUCCAGUGGAACAAUUUGAUCCAAAUGAACAAAUUUUAGUUUUUGGUCUGAUGUAACAUUUUUUAUUCUAGUGGAACAAUUUAUUCCAGGGGAAUAAUUUUGUUCUAUUUUGUUCCAGUGGAACAAUUUGUUUCAAUCACAGGGGGCGUUAGCCCAAACUAAUUAUCCCAAAUAAUUAUUAAAAUGUUCUUCAAGACUGCAGUGUAUACAAAAUUUCUUUCUUUUUCUUUUUUUCUCUCCCAAAAAGUUUUGGUGGAACACUUUUUUCCAUUUGUUUUGAAGAAAUGACUUUGUUCCAAUAGAAACUUUUUUCCGUCCCAAUGAUAAGAUUUGAUCCAACUGAACAAAUUUUAGUUUUUGUUCUGACGGAACAUUUUUUUAUUCUACUGAAAUAAUUUGAUCCAACUGAACAAAUUUUAGUUUUUGUUCUGACAGAACAUUUUUUAUUCUAGUGGAACAAUUUGUUCCAUUGGAAUAAUUUUGUUCUAUUUUGUUCUAGUGGAACAAUUUGUUUCAAUGACAGGGGGCGUUAGCCCAAAAUAAUUAUCCCAAAUAAUUACCAAAAUGU